AUGUCCCGAUUGAUAGCAAUCACCACUGAUUCCCUGUCCGACAAAGGACGUAGCCGGUUUUUUGGGUCCAACGAGGUCCGAUGUCGCAUCUCUGAUGGUGGCGGGAAUCUAGACACACGGAAAACAUGCUGCCCCGGUCAAUUGGUACUGGCGGUUGCUCAGGGCGUUUACUGUAAGGGGGUCGGAUUAGACUGCCUAGUCCUACAAGAGCGAUGGUCAAUACUGAACAAUGAACACCAGUUGAAUGGAUUCCAGUGGGGAAAUUAUGUCUUAUGGAAAUUCGAGGAUCCGAUAGACGUUGGGAGCAUGGUCCGGUUGUCCCGGAUGAAGCCAAAUUUAACAGAUCGUCAGGGAUGGGGCAUCUCAGACUCGUGGCUGCCGAGGAUCGCUCCUAGACCACAAUUUAUUGGCGCCGAACACCGCCAGGCUGGCACGACCGUUCAAGUUGAGGAGAACGGGGUGACGAGCUAA